AUGGCUUCUGUGUCAGAGUUGUCGUCGUCGGUGGCGAUGAAGGCGCGGUGGUGUUGGGUGAGGAAAUCGAUUUCGUCCGGCGAUUCAUCGCGCGAGUGGCGCCCAAUGAUGUCGAGUUCGUCGGGCGACUCCUCAGCCGAUGCGGGCUCACGGUACGUGCUGAAGUCUGGGCGGUGCACGUCCGGUGGGCCGAGGCGAGUCGGGGUCUGUGA